AUGCCGCCUCCCACCACCACCACCACCACCACCACCACCACCACCACCACCACAGCCCCCGACGCAACUGCCGUCAUCAUCAUUGAGGACGACAACGUCGACCAGGACAACACCAACAAUAUCGUCGUCGCACCAAGCUUGCGCUGCAUAAUUAAAUCGGCCUCAACGUCCGCGUGGCCCGUCAGUGUUUUGUGCACCUUCACUGCUGACUGAAUCGCGUGCUCCCAAGUCGCCACUGACCAUGGUGACUACCAGACGUAAGCGAAGUUUAGAUCGGCACUUGGUUUUCUGCCCUCUCCAAGAUACCCGCCGCGCCCUCCGACUUGCCCUAAUUAGGCAGAAUCCUGUUGCUAAUCAGCAAACUUCAUUCGAGGCAUAAAUGCCGUCUGUAUGUGUCUUUUGAUGUUUACCUCGAAUAAAUCACCGUUCCGACUAACUGACCUAUGCUGUAUGUAAUUUCAUGUGGAAGUAAAGUUUAUUGAUGUUGUUUGAUUUGAGGAGACGGGAUGAAGACGACUCGUCUUGCCCUGGGCUUAACUAUCGAAACCUCGCGCGCGGUCGCAUAGCCGCAAGUAAACCGUAAUCAGGACGAACUGUCAACAAGGACAAGAGGCGCUCUGUUGGACACUUUUGGUUUAUUUUCCCCUGUAAGUUAACAAUAUUCUGCUUGGCCAAGAGGACUACUUAACGUACGUAACAAGUAAAGGGUGGGCUACCCGCCGCCUUAUUGAUUAUGAAAAGUGUUAGAGGGUUGCUCGUUUAUUAGGGUUUCGAAUCUCGAGUGUGUCUCCCCGGACUGGGGUUUCACUGGCUGUCGAUAAACAGUUUUCAACCGCAAAAACUGAUUUUUGUUGGAACUGGGAGAGGCUUUGCAAAUAUUCCUUCAUUUUAUUACCCAACUGACAGACGGAAUGUUUCCGACAUCAUAAAGAGACCGGAAUUUAAGUGCUGCGAUGAUAUCCGUGUAAAGAUUGGAGAGCGUACAUUUUCGGUCAAGCCUGUUCAGUAAUAUAAAUUAGGAAAAAAAACAGUCAAAUUUAAAACGGCCAGUGAGUGGUAGUUAUGGGGAGAGGGUUGAGGACGUUCAAGCAUGUCGGUCCAGUCAGGGACUUGGGGAGGGGAGAUAGGGGGGGGGGGAAGGGAGGAGUCUGCCGGUGAACUUUUUCAGUUUCGUAUUUGAAGCACUCUGCUUCGGCUGGGGACCGAACUCAAGUUCAUGAAAAACACUCUGUGAGAAAAUGGCACUUCGAAGAAUUUUUUUCCUGAAAUAUGCGAAAGAACGUCCCCGAAAACGGACGUGUUAACAACCGAAAAGAAGAAACUAUUUCUUAUACUGGCAUUUCGGAGGACUCCGAGAAGCGGACUUCUACAAAUUUGCUGUAACUCUGCUAUCGCGCGCACUUAACCAACCGCCAAGUUAAGACUAAUUCCCACAAGCACUUCGAUUCUUCGUCCUGAAAGCAAGGAUAGGCUGUCUUUUCAGACAUCUUCGAUGUGCAUCUACGCCUUCACUUGCUCUUGUGGGGGAGGUCAUAGUGGUCGAAUAACCAGACGCCUAUCCAACCGGAUGCGAGAACAUCAUCUUGUGUGAUCAAAUUAAAGCAUAUAAAAGUCUUUAUCUAACGCAACUUCGUCCAACUUAGUUGACAGCGGCCACGGAGCAGACGUUAACCAAGCAUUCCGGGUGAUCUGUGAAGUGCCGACGAGACACUCCAAGUUCCUGCGUCAGCGGAUACUUGCGCCGGUAGAGGCAAUGGCCAUACGAUUUUCCAACCCAGAUUUGUGCUCGUAGAAGGCGCUCAUACAAGCCCUCAAACUACCAUGGGCCAAGAAUUGGCCAGCGUGUUCGUUUCCGCAUCCUUCCACGUCGCGCUACAGUUGCGAAAAUUAAGCAUAGUUCAUUCUCCGACACCUUUCGCUUCUCCUCCUCACCAUCUUCCCCAAGUCCCUGACGGCACUGGCAUGUCUGGACGCCCACAACCCUCUAUCCCUUAACUACUCCUUAUCGGCUCUCUUAUCUUUCAUCACUUUGUCGGGAUACCUGUAGAAAAACCGGAUCUGUGCAUAUGUGGAGGCCUUUCGAAGGGCGAAGGUUUCCCAUCGCUGGGCCGAUCGGAGCGCAUCACGCCUAGCCAUAUUGCCAAUAGGAGCGAAGAGACGAGUCCCAGACAGCAGUCGUGAAGAAGGAGACACGGUCGUUUUCGCUGGGACAAGGGCUUUAUUCGCCUGACGUUUCGGAUUUCUGCUCGAACCCAGCAUCAGGGACAGUAGCAGAUAUGGAUACUAUUGUCCCUGAUGCUGGGUUCGAGCAGGAAUCCGAAACGUCAGGCGAAUGAAGCCCUUGUCCCAGCGAUCCUGUCUCCUUCGCAUUCAUCACUUUGCACAAUUUAUAUUACUGCACAGGCCUAAGAAUGAAUAAUCGAAAACGCACGUUUGCCAAACUUGACUUCUUAAAUCGGAAUUCUUUAUUCAAUCUGGUGAAAUAUGCGACGUUACUGGGGGCAACAAUUAUUCAUCUAUGUCUGGCUCGCUCCCCGCAACAAAAUAGCUACUGGUUUUUUUGCUUUAAGGACAUACAAGAGAACAAGACGCCUUUUUAAAAAAUGUCUGCAAAUUUGAAAAUGCAGAUAUUUCAUGAGAAUAUUGUCUUGGCUCUUGUGCAAAUAGAGCUUCUACUGUAACAUGGCAAGAGGUUCGCCGUCGUUGAUUAAACCAAAAAUUCACAUGUAGUAACAAACCACUGUAUUAUACGCAUCAAGACAUGGUCCCGUGAAGCCAAAUAUGAUUUUGAUACCAGAUCUGGCUGCGCGUGGGAUAUCUUGCGGCAGUGUUAAAUCAGGCUUCGGAAUGAAGUAUGAGUUUAAAAUAUUGUUAGAACACAAAGACUCACCAUGUGAAUGAGUGUAAUUGGUGCUCAGUACUGACAUAUCUGUCCGGUACAUUUAAUUGAGGCUUGUAUACAGGGUCACAAUUAUAGUAUUCCGGCACAUGCUGACAGACAGAUUGCACCCGAAAAGCUCCAUAUCUGGCUCAGAAGAACAAUACACAAAAACUCGGAUAAGCCUUUUCUAUCAAGAAUAGGGGAAAAAUCUAAUUUUAUUAAAGAUCCCACAAUACAUUCCAACUUUUAAAGUCUGGUCUUGAUCCAGCGGGAGGGAGCAACCACCCCUUAAGACCGAACCAAAAGCUUGCUACUCAUUUUGCAUAAGUUAAGCAGAUAAGUUGAGCUCUAGAACCCGCGCAGGAGUAUAUCGUCAGAGAUAGUGGCAACAACAAAACAAAAGACAAAAGGGCGUGCUAGUCAAUCUUCAUAGCAUGACCGCAAGACUAGAGGUGACUGCGCAGGGCUCCGUUCGCUGGCGUCGGAUUGAUAAAUUGAUUGACCGAGUUCUCAUCCGAGGCUCAGGCUUCGAGCAGUUCCCGGACUGUUUCAUCUCUGACGUGUGCGAUUACCUUGGUGGCUGCAAAGCUAAACGCAUUACUCAUUUUGUAGGCUUGGGCAGCUUCAUAGCACAUCCAGCUUAUGUAUGCGCGAUCUGAGCAUGCGUUUAGCCUGACCUGUGGGGUUACAAAGUAAGUUUGGGCGUGAGUGCGAUAUACUACCCCAGACUACUCUUCAGGAUGUAACCAAUCUUUAAUCUUCCCGACCGUUCUGCGCGGGAAUGAAUCUGGGACUCGGAUUAGUACCCAGUCAAUCGAUUUAUCGAUCUGACAUCGGCGCACUGAGUCCUGUGCAGUCACCUCCAGUCUUGAUUCAUGUAUCGACGAUUGUCUAGCGACCCCUUUAAUUGGCGGCCGUCUUAUUGUCGUUGCUGUCCCAGGCGAUGGACUCAUGCACGCUUUCGAAAGCUCAAAACAAUAAACAAACUGCUAUGGUGUUCAACCAGUCGCCUUCUAUCACUUAAGCACACAGACCCGGAACACGAAUUUCGCACCUGAUCCAUUUGUUCCGUAUGGAAAACCAAAACACCUAUUCACUCAUCUUUCUAAGAGCGUUAGAGAUGCCUCAAUAGUUCUCCGUGACAACCCACUAUGAAAAGGGAUUUGGAAUUCCGUCCGACAUCCCAAAACCAGAAAAUCAAAGGGUUGUUCGUGUUGAUGAGGCACGGAUAUUUUGUUUGUCUCUAGCGAGGUACAUCGCGCUUAAAAUUACAGACAAAGACUCUCAUUAAAUUUGCAUAAUUUGCGAAUAAAUAAUGACCGUGCCCAGGUACAUUGUUGUGUACUUUCUGCAAACAUCACACAGAUAUCCUCACGAAAUGCCCUUAUUUAUGACUAAGACAAUGCCAGAAAUGGGUUGCUUGGUCGUUUAGGUGCCAAUUUUUUUGGCACGAUGCGCCACUCCAGGCAAAACUGGCUAUGGUGCCCAGAGCGGAGCUGGAAUUAACUUCAACCUCAUACCCUCGUUGACAUCCUAUCAUUAGACAAUAAUUAAAGACCUUUUUGUGCCAUUGCAGGUAGCCACUGGAGGUAGGAUCCAUGCGAAAAUAAGUUCACACCAAUUUCACUUAUAUCCCUUGAGAAAUCACGAAAAUAUAACCACAUCAUAGAUGUUUUGGCCAAAAAAAUCUAGGAAUAACCGCAUCGGGUUGCAGAAUGAGGAUCGACAAUUACCAGAGAGAGUCAUUAAUGUGUUGGACUUUGUCCGUUGAUCUCUACCGUGGAGAGGGGGACUUUUAAACUUAUUGGGUCUUUAGUUCUUGCUGUCUUUAGAUAAUCCCGCGUUUGUUGGACAAAUCGCCUCAGGACCGUGGUGAGCCCAGAGGUCUGCGGCGGUGGUGACCAUGCCGUCCAAAAAAAGACAGUUCGAAAAGACAGAUCGAAAACCGACAAGGCAACGGGCUUGUGGCCCGGUGAGUAGAGGCGUUGACUUCUAAACCAACAGGUCGCGAGUUCGAGGCUCGGGUGUUCCACACUUCGGGCUUGGGUAUGGCUGGCUGACGACGGCUAAUAAGCCAGAAAUGGCCAUUCCAGUCUCCCUUGUCUUUUUCGGCAAUAGCAUUCUGCCUAAAGACAGUUCUGUUUUUCCAAAAAUGCUAGGAUUCAUUCGCACCUUGGGUACCCAGCUGCCCCAGUAUCUGCAUUUGGUAAAGUACUGUAUGUCGUACUUUGGGAGAUUUGGCAAGAGUGGGUAUCCUCUUUUCUCCAUUGAGUAUUUGAUGCCGGCUUUACGACACAUUAAUCCCUAUGUCUCACCACAUUACUCCCAGUCGACUGGGAGAUGGGAUAGAGAUAGAGGUAAAAUCAACUGGCUUGCAUUAUGUACGUAUUUCCACGCUAUGAGAAACGGGACACAGGUUAGUGUUGUUUGGACGAAGUAGAAGCCAUCAGACGGGAAUUUGCCAAAAUGGCGUAGCACUUCUAUCCUUCCCGCAUCUACGGAUUAAUAUCUCAAUGUUCUCUUCUUAAUGGGACUUUUAUGCCAAUUGUCUAAAAAGAGUUAUUUGGACUCCCAUUUUUGAAACCUUGGCAUCUAUAUUUAGAGGUUGGCACGCGUGUUGUUCGCGUAGACCAAGAUCAUUGGUCUUAACCAAAUCACGAGAAAAAGAUCUGAGGUAGAUACUGCACAAGUUUGCCUCACUGCGAAAAUCUAGAGUGCGAGUCAAGUGAUGCUUCACGCGGCUUGCGACAGAUGAACUGCCAGUCUUGGUCUUAUUCUUUCAACAUUGACUGCAGUUGAAAUAGUAUAAUAUGGUGGAUGCUGAUGACUUUAGUCUUAUCGCCGAGACUAUUUAAUUGUCAAAAUUCAAAAAUUCGUCAGUCUCCACUUUAUUUCCUCAGUCUAUGGAACUUCCGACAAAAUAAACAUUUAAUCGAUGUGUCUUAAGAUGUUUCAGGGGCAGACUUUUGGCCAAUUCGGGAUGGCUUGGAUCAGGUCAGACAGACUAUCGGUUACCUAUUUUACACCGCGGAUUACUAUGAUGAGUUUAAGUUUAAACGACCUCCGGGGGGAGGGAGAAACUUUCAUUUAUCUGACGUUUGGGAUAGACCCUGGACACCCAGAAUCAGAGGCGGCAACGGAUAGGGCCAUCCGCCGCGUAGGCUUUACGGUACAUAUAAUUUUUGGCUGUCAGGCGUUCAUCCCUAUUUAUAGUCAGAUUUUUCUGUAUAAGAUGUUGAAAUUCGAGCAGAACCCUGGUAUGGCGCGUCAAACACAGGAAAAUGAAGCCCUGCGUUUUGCAACCGGCCUCCCGUUUCCUAAUUUCAGCCCUAACUCAUUCAACCCCCAUCAUAUUUCCAAUCCUCCCCCCAACCUUCAGUCCAUUUCAAGGCCUCCUAACCCUUCUUACUCUAACACCCUGAACUUUAGAACAGGGCGACCUAUAUUCCUGCGCCCAACCGUUUGGCGCAGAGGGAAAUGUCCAUCAAUUUACCCACAGCAGGUCCGUUGAAUUCUCUGGGUCAGCGAUUAGGCUUUGUCUUGGUCACUUCAACUACCUGGUCUUCGUCUGAUUUCACAAGAUUGUUUGCGGCAACAGUGUAGAGAAGGACCCCACUUGACUGUCAGUAGACUGUGGUUCGUGCCAUACGUAAUUUAUGGUAAAGGGAGCUUUAUGGGUGGGCUAGCACGUUAGAUGGUAAGCCGACAGAAUGAGGGAAAACACAAAAAAUCGCCUAAAUUUUUGCCAAAAUUCUUAUCCUACGUUAUUCUACGGCAACGGAAAUUAAAGUAGUAAUUAAACAAUGGACAAAAAGUAAAUUUUACAAAAUAACGGAAUUUUAGUUAAGGUGUGAGCUCGUGGGAAGUAAUUGUUUUUGGCAGUGUAAUUUCGGCAACAGCCUGCAAAUGUAUGCCAAGAUAAGACCCCGUAUGACACGAUCCACAGUCUACUGACACUUAAGUGAGCUCCUCCUCUAUAGCGUUGCCUUCUUGGUUUUUGUCCGAAGACGUUCCUGACAUUGUCCAUUUCUUUUGGCUGUCGGAUUCGAUGACCUGUAAUUUUGAGAAAAAGUAACCUAUUAAGAGCCAACUUGUCCAGUGAGUACAGGGACUGAAUCCGCAGCGACUCCAAAUUAACCACUGACGUAUUUUUAUAUUUACUGGAUGCAUUGACCAAGAUCAUACACAACAACCCUGGGAAUUUGAAUAUUACUUAUGUUUUUUGAUUUCCUUUUUGAUGACCCACUUGGUCAGGUAUCGUUGGCAUACCAUAAAUCAGGUAUGACACGAUCCACAGUCUACUGACAGUUAAUUGGGCUCCUUGUCUAUACCGUUGUCUUGUUUACGUCUGCAUAAGAGAUCUGUGCGAGCAACAAUCUGUAUACGGUUGCGCAACUAGCAGUUGCAUGACCCACGUGUUCGAAUACUAUGUAAGUCUUGGCAAUGAAACAAUGUUCCUAUUCAAAUGUUUUCAGUGCUGCCCAAAGCGGGUAUUUACGUAAGAAUUUGUCAGGGGAAAUUACUUUUAUGGAGCUGACAAGAUGACAUUUGAAAAGUCAGAUUGGCUAACACGCGUUUUCGGUAAUUCUUCGUCAGGCCAAUACAAUUACAUGAAGGAGUGAAAAUGUACAAAGUUAACAGUGUUUAUAGGCGUCGCAAAGGCAAUUAAGUUAUUAACACUCAUAUUCCCACGCCGCCCGCAGGACGAGGUCGGCGGGUUUUGGUCCUUAGAGCUGGGGGAGGGAGGUAAGCGAGUCUUUGAGUGAUGUUCUUGGAUUGAGUACAGGGAGUAGCCAUCAAUGUAAUCAUGGAUUUGAGGCGGCAUGUCGUCAUCACGUGAGGUUGGCGUUGGCCACGGCAGGGAGAGCGCUUGUGUCAGGAUUUUCUGGCAGCAUAACACCGGAUUCGCCAGACGUAUAGCCACUGCCUCGGCCGCUGCUAGUAUCCGUUGUCGUAGGCCUUUAGAGAAGCUUGUUGGUGUCCGAUAGACAACCUGAAAUGAUUCCUUGGCAUUGACUCGGUGAUCCAUAUCGAUUAAAUGUGCGAGAAUAGAGCUCGAAACCGAUCGGUUCUCACCUCUGUCUAGCCAGGCAGGCGUAUGUUCACGCACCCUCUUUACCAGGCGUCUCGUUGUACGGCCGAUGUAUCCCGCUCCACAGGAGCAAGUGAAUGAUUAGAUGCGCAUUAAUGUGGCCUCCAACGGUAGUCUGUCUUUACCUCCCAAACGUAGGAGGGGAGAGUUUGUGAAACAUACGCGUAAAUUCGCCGCGGGGAAUGCUCUCAUGACAGCUGUAGUUAAGCGCCGUCUGACUAGUUCGCUCGCUGCGUCCUCUGCGAAAGGCAGUCUUAUGAAUAAAUCUUUCUUUUCUGCAGUCGCAACAGUGGGCUUUGCAAUGCGUUCCCCAAUAGUUCGGAGGAUAAAUCUAUCUGGAUAUCCAUUCUCGCGGAGUGUGUUCUGCAGCUGUUGGAGCUCUGCGUCAAUAUGACAUUUGGCAAGGUUGGUAGAAACUGUUGCCUGUGUUAUGAACCAUCUGUAUAACCUUUACGCCAGGGCCCAGGCGUGUGCACCGCGCGCAAACGGGCUUUUUAGCCCGGCCAGUCACUGCUCCCGAUCCUGCCUCCGAUCUUAACAGUAGGCUCAGGUGGGUGAAGGAAGAGAGAGAGAGAGAGGUAGAUGCAGUGCAAGUCAACUAACACCAAAAACCAAUUCACGCGUACGUUACAUCCACCAGGCUGCGGAGUACACGAUGGAUAUCGCCGCUCGCAACGAUCAAACUGGCAUGGCGUCUUAGGAAGGAGCUUAUUUUUUUCCUUAGCAUUUUCAAGUGCCUGCUUAAGUGGGUAUUUACUUUUAUGAACUUGUAAUUGAAACGUAAUCCUAUGGAACUAGCAAGGUAACAUCUGGUAGAGUUAGCUGAGACGUUUGCGUGCUGAGGAAGCAUAUGCACAGUCCAUACGCCUGAUGUUUCUGUCCAGUGCAAUAAGCAUCUUCUCUUCUUAUGAGUUACUUCUAACCUCUCAACUCCGUAAGACGCGGGAAUAGGAAUUCCCAGUAAUAGGGUGGCCUUGAGCAACCGUAUACCAUUAAAGACUAUUAGUUUUAUACUCUGACCCCAGACAUAACUCAAACUCGAGGCUCGGGUGUUCCACACUUCGGGCUUGGGUAUGGCUGGCUGACGACGGCUAAUAAGCCAGAAAUGGCCAUUCCAGUCUCCCUUGUCUUUGUCGGUAAUAGCAUUCUGCCUAUGUAUCAUGCGCCGCUGUGCGGCUGCUGGUUGGGCUCGAGAGAGAGUCCAUAAGGCACAACGGAACGAGUGAGUUCCGUAUGAACGAUCGGCGAGCGCCCCCUACCACUCAAACCUUAAUCCUUACCCCAAUUUUACUGGCCCUGGAAUUUAACGUAGGACCACCCUUAUUACGGGGGGGUAGAUGGGAUUUUUAUUGUCGUGUCCUACCUUCAAAUCCGGUGAUACAUUUUCCAGUCCGCAUUGCGGUAAGAGAAACUCCUGAGCUUUCUACCUGCACAAAUUCCAAAAACGGGCGUUUGUUUCCGUUCGCAGUUGCAUUCGCUUUACUGUGCGUUUUGUCACUCGGAUCACCGGUGUCAGUACUGUUAGGUCAAGUAAUCGGGCUAGUAUCACGCCCAUCACCAACAGCCGUGAUUAAUGGUUCACAUCGGGGCCAUCGGUCCAGAAUCGCACAACUAUGCUACCUGCGGGGGCUGUGACUUUUGGCAAGUGGGUGUUGGCUUGACAACUGCGCCCCCACACACCCUGCACGUCCGAUAACUUCGUGCGUCGAUGUACUUGCAAUCCUGGGCUGGGCAGUGGAUCCAAACCGUGAAGUGAAUAAGUCUCUUGUUCCAGCGAUUGAUAAGUCCCCUUUUCUGACUUUUCGUCAAGAUGGGGUUAUGUAGCCGCACCCGAUGGACAAAAAGCUGUUGACCUAUUCAGUUAUUUUGCUAUGGUGUGAUUACGUUAGCAUGGUGUUGCUGUACGUUGCGGUGUGUGCUCUGUUGGCGGCCGUGUCUCCAUGUUGCUAUGUCUGCCUUUUUCGGCCCAAUGCCGACGGUAUUUCUUGACUUCGGUCUGUCAUCUCCUUCUAACUUUCGCGUUGGAUGUUUCAGGGUUAGGGUUUAGGGCUGCAGUUGUGGGCUAGGGUUAGGACUGAAGGGUUAGGGUUAGGGAUUGGGGCAACUGUUUCCCAACCACUCAAAGUACAACCGCACAUUCCCAAUAGCUUUUCUUUUGCAUACAAUUUCUUGACCUCGCCAUCUGUACACUCUCCAGUCCUACUUUUAUAAACCCUCACUACCGCCGGUCCCCUAUUACGAGUGUCUGAGGUUUAUUUACCUCAGGUGCGACUACAUAACCACAUCUGACCAACAUUUAUCCGUUUAGCUAAUGGCCCGCGCUUGCUGAAUUGCUUUCUAAAACGACCUGUAAUUACAAUUCCUGUCCAUUCCUUUUUCCCGUUCUUUGUCGGAAAUGAAUUUAUAUCUCUCACCUCCUUCCCAGCGCUUUGGAGUAUAACCACCUCUAGUAGUGUACUGGUAGUAAAAGCAACGGACGAUAAGGCUGAAACUGCACAGCAAGCCGCAAAAGUUAUACUUAUUUUAUAUAUCACUUUUAAUUCAUGUAGUUCCCCUGAUACGAUCCUGCACAGCAUAGUCAGUGACCGAUCUAAUGAAAUGUCAACUGAUAUUCUUAAAUGCAUUUUAGAUUAUGAAGGAUUACUCACUUGGGUCUGUAAUAUUGAUUAUUGCGCCGCAUAACCCCCAGGUGUUCCAAUCGCUCCAGCAUGCCGGCUUUUGAAUACACCUGCUUUCGCCGUCUCCAGCAAACGUACUUGAUAUAAAAAAAUGUCUGCUUACAGUAGGUGUGCUAACUCAUGCAAUGUUAACCGAAAUUCUGAAACGCGUUUUCGUUUCGAAAAUAUUACUUUAGUACAGUUGUACAAUUAGUCAUCGUGCAGCAUGAUUCAAAAAUAAGUCAGCUACCCGGAAUGCCGGCUUCCAAACGAACUUCUUUCCGGCCGCAUGCAAAACCCCAGUCUGAGAAAAAUGAUUACAUACGGAGCAUGAAUUUCUCUCAUUUAUUUUCGAUGUCUUUAAAAUUUCAAUUAUAUUUCAUGGAAAAAAUGCAUUAAAGUGUUCAUUUUUCUACUCAUUUGGUAGGAACUUACGUCUACUUUCAAUUUUAUGCUCAAAAGCAUGUAUAAUUCAGUUUUCAGGCGGGGAAAGGUCAGAUAUGGUUAUGCAGCCGCAAACUCCAGCCGUCUGUAGUAGGGCUUUUUACAGGUGGGGUCAGGAAACACAAAAGCGACGAGGUUUAAGUAAGUGUACGCAAAAGAAAAGCUAUUCGGAAUGCGCGGUUAUACUUUGAGUGGUUAAGAAAUAGUUGCUCUAACCGCUGACCCUAACCUCUAACUCUAACUCUUAACCCUAAUCCCUAACCUUAGCCCCCAAAAGUACUUUCUAUCAGACGCGGCCAUAUAACCGCAUUCUGCCAAAAAAGCUUUACUCAUGGCAUCUUGAUGUUUCGCAUUAUAGUUAUAUCCAGCUGUAGUGAUCUAGAAGUUUUCGCGUCCUUUCUUUAGAUAAGGUCUCCUCGAUCGACCAAUCAUUUUAAACCCCUUAAACGUUCACUUCCUUUGUAAGACCUAAGGCUUCGUGAUUAGCCUGUAAAUACCCAAGAAAAUACUUAACAGUUCUUCUGUAUCUGCAGUUACUCUUCCUGACGAUUACCAGAGUCUGAAAGGACAAGCCACAUACUUUGAGAGGAAAUACGUACUGCAACUUGUGAUGUAGGUAAGUUGAGGAAAAAUUUACUUCAAGUUUCUUGAAACCUCGCCCACAGGCCAGAAAUGCACUAUCAUGUCCUCUAUCUCUCUCUCUAGAAAACGGAUUUCGAAAAGCAGGCGUGGCACAACCGAAUUUCGCGGUUUAAAUGUGCUGUGACAACAGCUGACUGGAAUUUACAGUGUACGUGCAAACUACCUGCCGUAAACCCCAUAAACUAGUUCAGCUAGCUGACAAACAAUGUUCUGUGAGGCCAGCUGCGCUUGCAUAUUCACAGAGCAGAUAUGGGUGGUAUCUCUUUUCUAAACACAUACCAAAACACCCGCUGACAAAGUAAUCUCGAGGGUGUCCUUUGAAUUGCGACCGAAGCCGCCAAAUGGCGACUGAAAGAUGUUAUCCCCGGAAUAGCAGGACUCAGGAAUUGACAACUAAGCCUUUCAGGUUCAUAACGCUCCCUUCUCGUUAGCACUUUUACGGAUGAUUUUUGGGAAAAAAGGCGAAAAUUGGAACGUCUUCUGACAAUUCAUCAAAUCUAACCGACGUAGGUAAUCCUUCAACAGCAGUUUGAGAAUAUAUCGCUAUGACCAAACGAUAUAGCCUGAAAAAAGACCAGUCAAACUAAAUCAGGAUUCCAAAACUUUCGAGUUUGUGAUAAUCGGGGAACAGCAAGUUCUCUUUCGGAUUUAAUUGGGGAUGUUUCAAUCUUUUCUACCACGUAUCGCAGCACGCGUUUGCUAAUCAUGUAAGUUAACCCUCUCCCCCUAGUUUGCUUAAAAGGGGGGUCCCGAUAAUCGAAAAAUUAGAGGAUUAGAUUGCAUGCAGAAAGCAUCAAUGGGGGCAAGCAAGUAAUGGAGAUUUGCCGUACUAAUCUGAAACAUUCGCUCCUUUGCGCCGGCAGAUAAGAAGGUAACAAUCGGGAGAUGGCACCCAAAAAAUCCGCUACCUAGAAAUAAUAUCUUUAACAGUGGCCUCAAACGCCUUCAGGCUUUAUCAGCGGUUGCGGGCCUACUUUCACGCACUACUUGGGCUGGCCGAACGAACAUCGCAAGAGGUUACAUGGACGAUGGUCGCCGUUACCCAUUCUUCCCCAUCGUUACACACGUAAACCUGAAUAUACGGCAUACAUUCGCAUUAUGACAGUUUAUUACAAAACAAAGUCACUUUCAAAUAGGAUAAGUCUGCACAACAUGGGGCAGGAGCAGUUCCCAGGCAUCUGUCAAAGACAUGGCAUUGAGGCCAAACCAAAGACGAUACUGUACUUCGUCUAUGUGAGCCCACAUAGCUCGACCACAUAAAGGGCCUCUCUCGUGGAGUUUCCUUUUCAGUCUACUCCAGUAUGCCUCAAUGGCAUUGGUGUGCCGUCCGGUGGUAGGGUCCUUGAAGGUCUUUAAGUGGUUAACAGAGAAAUGUAGAUAAUCUUCUGAGGGAAGACGAUUAUACGCCUUCCAUUCGUCCGUUACCACUAUACGGCCUUUGGCGACCCAUUUUGUGAUAACGGAACGGAGAGUGGGCCAACUUCGAUAAUUCACUUGUUCAAAUAAGCCUUUCCGUCGGCUAGUAUUGUACAUCCUGACCAACCACCACCCAUAAAACCCCUAUUACCGCCUGUCCCUUAAGACAGGCUGCUUUGGUUAGGCGGAUUUUUUGGGUGCCAUCUCCCGAUUGUUACCGGUAAGAUGUCCAAAAGUCCAGGCAUGAUCCUCAUUGAUUGUGCUGUAUCGAUCUUCUAAGAAAUCUACCGGCGUCGUGUUUACUCCAAACCAGAAUCCGAACCCAAUUCUCCCACCUUUCCCGCAUUCAUUUCCUGGACACAGAGGGAGGAAGUUAAUGAUUGGCUGGGACUCCGGACUUCGGUUAGUCCUCUCUCACGUCAUAUGAGAUUCUGGACUCGAGGGUUCCCUCAGACAAGCUCUAACAUCGGAAAGGUAGCCGAUUUUCGCCGUGAGGAAUGUAUGUUUAGUUCUCGCUCGCGCCCUCCUCGGCGCCAGGUCUUCUUAACUCUGUCUUGACGUCAGGUGCAGGUGGGGAGUAGGGGGGAGAGAGAGAGUGCGGUAAGUGUCGCGCAAGUCUACUCUCGCCACAAACUAAUUCCCGCGCAAGUCAUCGUGCCUGCUGCACCUUGCUGUGUAGCACACGGUGGACAUAGUCGGAAUCGACGGUCGGAACUGUCACGCCUACUUAUGAUAUCCCCCAAUAGAGACUGAGAGGUCCCUCGUAUAACCCCUGUUUCACUAACAUCAUGGUAUGUAUCGCUUCAACCAUCCAGGGUUAGUCACAGGUGGCGGCCGCGUAUUGCAUACUGAAGGGGAUUUGAGCGGUGAACCGAAAGGGAGAUAGAGGGGGUCUCGACUCGCGCCAAUUGGACCUCACGGGGUCCGCGCCAGCCCGUAACUACUGCCGCACGUUUAGACGCAGACUUCACGUCGCGCCAGCCACUGCGCCCAAUCCCAACAUCAGAUUGCUGACAGGCUCGGACGAGUGAAGAGUGGGGUUUAUUACACGAGGUGGGCCAUCAUCACGGCACUUCGACGCAUAUUCUUCACCUGGGUGGGGUUCGUGCCACCGCCCUUCAUGAGAUCCCGAUACACUCUGCGGAGGCAAGAUCUCGCGUCGCGCGUGUAAGUGAGCUGCUUAUCUUUCUCAGUCACUGCGCCUCAGACCGCCUCCGGUCGUAUUGAUUCCGCCUUCUCAUCGGAGGCAGGUAGAUGAGGGGAGAAAGGAUACAAUAGAUGCUUUGCAAGUCUGCAAUCGCCAUUCUCCAAUUCACUCACAUGCCACCGUCCGUGGUGCACACUGUGGACAUCUUUGUUCGCGAUAGCUAACCUGCUGUGUUGGGCAGUGGACUCUUGUUUGACUACCAUUUGGCGGCAGCCUAUUUCUGCUGUCCGCGGCCGUGAUUGACUUCCCUCAGUUGUCUUCCAUGUGGUUUAAAGAUGUGUCUGCUUCAGCCGGUCUGCUGCGGCGAUGAAGUUGAGUAAUUUUUUGAUAGUUCUGCCCCUCAAAUAAGUCCUGGAUCGGACUAGGUAAUGUGUUGCCGGAGUUGGCAUUACUGAUCCAACCGCCGCACAGUUGGUUUUCGCUCUUGCAUCCUCGUCGUCAGCCGUCAGUUCAUCCACUCCCCCGUCCCACGCGGUCAAAGUGUUCAGUUUGUGUCAGUAAUCCGUCGUGUAUCCUGAUCACCAGACGAUCGGGCGACAGCGAUCUUAAUUAAACAGAGAUGAGAAAACCACUUCGGAUGAGUUGGAAAAUCGAACUACUGAAUUUCUAGAGAACUGGGUUUCGGUAUAGUGACAUCUGAAAAGGCGUUGAGAGGGGCCUGACACGAUCGAGUACUGUUACCGACAAGGCAACUACCUACUGAAAUAGCCAUUCCUGGCAUAGCUGACGCGGUCGACAGGUGAUACAUAGAUUCCAGAUACUGACACACGCGGUGUUUUUGCAAUAAAGUUCAGCACUCUGAUCAUCUGAAGCACCUGGCUCACGCCAAUCUACUCAGAUCUCAGGACGGACUAUGAGAACCUCCUGCUUUGACUUGAAGCUCCGGAUCAAGAACCCCAAUGGGCGGUCGCUUAGCGCCUAAGAAUCAGUAUCUAGACUCGGUUCGGCCGUGACAGAAUAUGGAAAAUAAGUCUGAACUGCUCAUUCCAGUGUCACUGUAUUUUGUCAUCAAAGUUUUGCGACUUCUGAGCCGUCAGUUGUUGGAUGGCUGUCUAGUUAGAGUCGACUCGGAGCUCCACGGAGCAGUACGGAAGUUAGGUUGGAUCGGUGAACACCCCUCUCGACCAUAUGCCACAUUGUAGUUAAGUAAUGUCUCAUUCCUCGGAAGGCCCUGUCGGCUUACUUCCUUUGAUCUUCCGGUAGCAAUCCCACCGCACGCUUCUGGCAUUACCAGUGAUGCGUGCUUCGACGAGAAGAGUUGACAGUCCAAUUGCUGCGCUCAUGGACGUAACGGAACCAAAAGAACCGAAGACACGAGUCCCAGAAAGCAGUCUUGAAGAAGGAGACACGACCACUGGGACAAGAGUUUUAAUAGCCUAACGUUUCGGAUUCCUGCUCAAACCACUCAUCAGAUGAACCCAUCAUCUCUGAUGAGGGGUUCGAGUAGGAAUCCGAAACACCAGGCUAAUAAAGCUUUUGUUUCAGCGAUCGUGCAUCCUUCUUUAGCAUAACGGAGCGCCGAACAUCUUGAGAGAUAUUUAAUGCGCUCCUUAAGGCAAAACCCCGUAACUGAUGAUGAUGAUAAUUGCCCGUUUUUCCUUUUGGGAGCUUAUUCUAGGCACUAUUGUUGGUUUUAUCCCGAUCGAAGAAAAUUGUAGUAUGGCACGGAUUAGGAACCCUGUCUGAGGUGCGAUGAUUCGACGACACGGGAUCCCGAAAUCGCAGGUUAGGGAAGGCAGAUUAGAUCGGACAGGAGCUUACAAGCGACUAAGGAUGCAGUUCCAGCGGGCUGUCUCUUCAGGUGUGUGUGUGUCGGUCGGAAUGCAUGCUUCCAAACUUCGUCCGGUUGCGGGUAGUCGGUGAAAUGAGGAAUAAGUACCGGAGUCGGAAGCCGAAGGUUGAGUCACAUGCGCGUGCACAGUACUUCUCAGUCAUGCUAGGCGGGCCGAAAGCGCAAUCGACGGCCCUGACGAUUAUGUGAGCGGACAGCUAACCCCCCCCCCUCCGCGCCUGAUAGAGGUUGCCUUGUGCCAACCUCCAGAGGAGUACCUAUUUUCGCCUCCUUGCCCUAAAUCUAACACUUACUUCCUGAAAUUUAGACCACGACCAUCUAUAUUACAUUGGUAGGAGUUCGCACUCUCGAGUUCUAUCAAAAUGGCAAUUUACUUUACAACCAGACCAUCUGUUAAUGCCUCAGUGGAGGCGGUCGGUGGAAUUCCACCCACGUGUUUGGAGAACACAUUUCCUGCAACUACGUUUAAAGUCGCCGAAUUCCACGGAAGACUGAUGAUAAUACGCUAGGUGUGCUAACUCAUGAAAUGUUAACCGAAAUUCUGAAAUGCGUUUUCGACUCGAAGAGAUUUCUUAGAUAGCGUUGUAAUAUUAAUCAUCAUGCAGCAUAAUCCCACAAUAAUUCAGUUACCUCUAGAUACCAGUUUUCGAAAGAACUUCUUUCCGGCUACAAGCAAAAACCACACUCCGUGAAAAAUGGCUAAUUGCGUAGCAUGAAAUUUUCUCGUUGUUUUCGAUGUCCUUAAAAAUCCAGUUAUAUUUCAUGGGAAACGUACAUAAAAUAUUCAUUCUUUUGCGCAUUCGGUGGGAAAUCUGGUCUUUCUCCAAUUUUAUACUCGAAGGAAAUGUAUAAUUAGGUUUUAAAAAGUUUUAAUACUGUGCAAUGUCUGUUCAUAAAACAUUGUGUUUCUGAAUUUACUAGUGUUGUUUGUAAAGGUUACAAUAUGGCCCAAAUCCACUGCUAAAUUUUACGAACCCCAUAUGUUCUUCGUAUAAUACCGUAGAGAAAUUUAUGGUUUUCCGUACGUAAAAAAUAUAUGGAUUUAGAUUUUAAACCUUGAAUACAUGUGUGACGACAGGUGGGGUUCAAACUAUUCGAGAAUUGAAAAAGUUUUUUUUAAACCGAAUUAUACCCUUUCCUUCGAGUAUAAUAAAGGAAUAAGCGUAUUUUCUACCGAAGGAGCGAGAGCGUGAAUGUUUUUAUGCAUGUUUCCGUGAAAUAUAAAUGAAUAUUUGGGGCAUCGAAAAUCAACGAGAAAAAUUUAUGCUACACAAGUAGUCACUUUUUACAGAGUGUGGUUUUUGCAGGAGGCUGGAAAGAUAUUCCUUCGAAAGCCAGCACGCGAAGGCGACUGAAGUAUUAUGGGAUUAUGCUCCAUGAUAAUGUAUUUUAAAGUAAUCUUUUAGAAACAGAAACGUAUUUCAGAAUUCCGGUUAACAUUUCCGGAGUUAACACACCUACUGUACACAAGUCAUAACUUGGCCCUUCCAAGUCCCUCCCUUCUCACUUCUUGUCGGCGAAACUGUGGAAGGACUGAUUCCUCGUAACUACUCUCUCGGUCCCUUUCAUGUGAUUUCCUGAAUGCUGACUGGUUUAAUGGUUCCCUAAGGAAAAGGCGACCGCCUCUCCUUUCAUUUCUGGGGCAAGGUUGCAUUCCAACUGCACACUUGUUUACUGCUUCCACAAGUUCCACUAAAAUACUAUUAGUGAUGUCAAACCAUAAAAUGUCAAAUCUCGCGUCCCGCCAUUUGGACUCCAUGUAUUCGGUGUCUUGGAGGUAGUCUUUUUAAUUGAGAACUGGUUUCAAAAAUGCUGAUGAUCAGCUUCCUAGUACGUCGAUGAUGAUGAUGAUGAUGAUGAUGAUGAUGAUGAUGAUGAUGAUGAUGAUGAUGAUGAUGAUGAUGAUGAUGAUGAUGAUGAUGAUGAUGAUGAUGAUGAUGAUGAUGAUGAUGAUGAUGAUGAUGAUGAUGAUGAUGAUGAUGAUUCAGACGGAUAG